AUGAGCAGCAGCGGACCACCGAGAAAAAACCACUACAAUGAAGGCCAGCUCCUCUUACCUCUUCCUUCUGCCCGUGCUCCUGCAGCUUGCUUGUGGGCACUGCGAUUGGCGGGCGACAAACGCAAGCACAACGAGGGCCGCGUGGAGGUCUUCUACGAAGGCCAGUGGGGGACGGUUUGCGACGAUGAUUUCAGUCAGCACGCGGCCCAGGUGGUGUGCAGGGAGCUGGGGUACGUGAAUGCGGUGUCCUGGUCUCCGUCCUCCAAGUACGGCAAAGGGGAAGGGCCCAUCUGGUUCGACAACCUGCACUGCACAGGUCAGGAGAAGACCCUGGCCCAGUGCCCCUCCAACGGCAUUGGGGUGUCGGACUGCAAGCACACCGAAGACGUGGGCGUGGUCUGCAGUGACAAGAGGAUCCCCGGCUUCAAGUUUGUCAACUCUCUGCCCAAUCACGUGGAGAGUCUGGACAUCCAGGUGGAGGAUGUGCGCAUCAAGGCUAUUUUGUCGUCGUACAGGAAGAGGGUGCCAGUUACCGAGGGUUACGUGGAGGUGAAAGAUGGCGGCCGCUGGAAGCAGAUUUGCGACGCGGACUGGACGCAAGACAACAGUCGAGUCAUCUGUGGCAUGUUCGGCUUCCCUGGGGAGCGCAAGUACAACGCCCGUGUCUACAAGAUGUUUGCGCGCAGGAGAAAGCCGUCAUACUGGGACUUCUCUGUGAACUGUACCGGGACAGAGGCCCACCUAUCCAGCUGUAAACUGGGGAGAGCUUCAGCCCCGCUCCUGAAGGCCAACGGGACGUGUACGGGGGGGCUGCCUGUGGUGGUGAGCUGUGUCCCGGGCCGUGCCUUCUCCCCCACACCCAUGAGCGGCUUCAGGAAGGCCUUCAGACAAGAGCAGCCCCUGGUGCGUUUGAGGGGCGGGGCCAUUGUCGGGGAGGGCCGUGUGGAGGUGCUGAAGAACGGAGAGUGGGGGACGAUCUGCGACGACCGCUGGGACCUGAGCUCGGCCAACGUGGUGUGCAGAGAGCUGGGCUUUGGGACGGCUCGAGAGGCCCUCUCUGGGGGUCGGCUGGGACAAGUUAACUGGAUUCAAUCUUAG